ACACACACACACACACACACACACAGAGACACACACACACAGACACACACGCAUAUAGGGCUAGUUCAAGUAAGGAUAGGGACCGUCCUUGGCUGAACUUAACGUUACAAAUAGGAGCUGCGGUAUUCCAAGUGGAGCACAGAGCAGAGGUGCGCCACACCAGACGAUAAUAUUAAGUAACAGCACUGAGUGAAUCUGCGGCAGUAAACCACUCAGCGGCUCAGUGAGAGGACAGCAGGAAGGAGUUAGACUGAGAAAGAGAGAGGGAAAGCGAGGAGGAAGAGAGAGAGAGGGAGAGAGAGAGAGAGACAGGGAGAGUCUAGCCAGCGCUUCUCCCUGAACCGGACAACAGAGGUUUGGAGAGUUGGCGGAUCCAUGAGCACCGGCGGACAGAAUUCAUCAUUCCAGUGAGGUGGCAUUGUUGCUGCACCAUCAGAGCUACAGAGAGUCUAGCAGCCAGCCAGCACCACACAGCGGUACUCUCCACUUAACACUGUGGGACAACUCCAAACUCGAGUGCGGUGAGGUAACAUUUAACUGUCGGACGAGAGCACCAGCUGUGAUGUUUGAAGAGGAGUCCCAGCAGAUGAGGGGGCAGCAGGACGUGGCUAUGCUCCAAACCCUGGAAGCCCCUGCGGCUCCAGCUCCGGCUCCAGCUGGAGGAGCAACAGCUCCUCUGUCUUUCACAGAUGAAGCCGUGUCCAUUCUGACUUCCAGCAGCCUGCUGGCCCGCUCCCUGCUGGGUCGCACCUCUGCAAUUAAACGCAAAGACUGCCCUGCUUCCGCCAGCGCCAUUCGACGCAAGCGUGAGUUCAUCCCCCAUGACAAGAAGGACGAGGGCUACUGGGACAAGAGGAGGAAGAACAAUGAGGCAGCCAAGCGCUCGCGAGAAAAGCGGCGUGUAAACGACAUGGUCCUGGAGAACCGUGUCCUGUCCCUGCUUGAGGAAAAUGCUCGUCUCAGGGCAGAGCUUCUGGCUCUGAAGUUCCGCUUUGGCCUGGUGAAAGACCCUUCCAACACCCCAAUUCUCCCCCUUACCCCAGCUCCUUGCCCAACUCAAGCCAUGGCUCCUCACUAUUAUCUCCCCAGGGGCGAUGGAGCCCUCUCCAGUGCCCCAGCUACACAUCCUACCAACCAGACGAGCCAGUUAAGUGUCCGAGGUUCCAGGGAUACCGGCAAUGUGUCAGAGGACUCAGGGUUCUCUACACCAGGCGGCUCCAGUGUGGGCAGCCCUAUCUUUUUUGAAGACCGGCUGAGUGACCACGGGAAGUUAUCUCCACACAGGGCAGAGGAGCUGGGCUACGAGCUCCACCAUUCCCCUGCUGAUAUCCAUGGCCACCACACUGCAGGACUCAAUCCCUGCCCAGGGAAGGUGGACCCAGCUGACACGAUGAAAAACCUUCCUUACAAGCUGCGAUUCAAGAUGCCUGGCAGCGGGGAGGGUGCUGAGGCUGCAGGGGAUAACACCAGCGCCAGGCGCAGCCCCACGCUGUCCUCAGCUGGACGGGAGGGUCCCAGAGAGCCUCUCAAAGGACAAGGACUGAGCGGAGGGGAAACAGGAGCAGGACACAGUGGCCCUUGGCCCCAGCAGAUGGAAGCAGAGGAGAGCCGAAGAGGGAGACAGUCCCCUCAAUACAACAACUCAGCAACUGGGUAUAACCCCCAGCCUCCAGCGCAGGGACAGAGCGAGGUCCAGUAUCAGAAUGAGAACAGCUUCCUCAAGUCGCAGCUCACCUCCCUCAGCGAGGAGGUGGCCCAGCUGAAGAAACUGUUCACAGAACAGCUCAUGGCCAAAGUCAAUUGAGGACAAGAACUGGGUCAAAUAAACAUUUACCGAUCUCUAGACUGUAAAGGAGAACAUCCAAAAGUUUGACGUGACCCUACAGAAACUGAGCACAAAAAUGAGUGGAUGACAGCUGGACAGAAGUCCAAAAAGAUCGAAAAGACCUUAUGAUAAACUGUUCAAGCCUAACAAAACUUUUUAUGCUGUGCUGUUUUAAUUUCAGACAAUGUAUUUUACUGUAUUAAGUGUCUCUAAGCACUCAUCUCAUAAUGUGCUGUUUCAAUUUCAAUAACCCAAACUGUUUAAGUCAUUACUCCAUUGUGGGCCAUUGCUCUAACAGGGAAUCUCAGCCGUUAUAGCACUGUAAAUGUAUAAUAAUCUCUCAAUUCCAUACACUGUGACCACCUAAACCCACACAUAUAAUAAAACUGUUUACAUAGCUUACUAUUGCAUAAUGAUUCUCAUCCCGUCAUUACAAUGCUAGCUCUACUUCACCGCCUCGCUUGGUCUUAUGGAAACAAUGGGCCUCGGUGGUUUGGCGGCUCUGAAACUGCCAAGUACUGAACACUGUACAAUUCAACUGGAAUCAGCCAGCAGGUUGUUAACACCACAGUGGAAGUGCUGUUUACAGUUUUGUAAUUGGAAGGGUAUUACUUACUGCUCAACCACUCCAAGAUUUCCACCGUUGAGACAUCGCUAAAACCUGUAAACACAACCACAGACAGACGGUAGAUACACAUAAACAUACACUGCAAUAGCAAGAGUACAUUGAUUAGCUGUCAUAACCCACUUCAAGCUAUUAGAAAGCUUUGAUCUGUGCACCUAUUAUGAGUUUUCUAUCUCACAAGCCGGUGUAUGGGGGUUUUAGUCUUGUUUUUCAUCACUUAUGUGUGAAGCAGCAUCGUGUCACACAGUCAUGUCAGGAGAGAAUUAAAUUCAAGUGUGAGGGGCUCCGUUCAGGAAAGGCACUGCAGCAUCUGCUUACUGAAAUGGUUCAGGUUCCAGGUUUGUAAUCAGUUUCAAGUACAUACACGGGGAGUUAUAUUUUUAUUACUGCACUGUUAUCUGUACUGAGGUGAUGAGAGCAAUUUGUUGUCUUGUGUCUGUCUGUACAUUUUUGUAACUGUGAAUAAAUCUUUGACAGUAUCGACUUCUA